AUGAGCAACCUGGGGCCGGAAAUGAACACAGAGGAGCCAAGGCCACUUUCCGCGCAGACGGCCCAGGCAGCUCAUUCUGUCAGCUCUGCUCUCCAACAAGCCAGCGCGGCCGAGCUAUGUGGGCGGAAACACAGACUCAGAAUCUGCCAACUCCGCUCACAACGCUGGCUUCCGGGGUCAAAGCGUCGCCUCCCAAAUGCUCAGGGAGAGAGAUGCAGGAGGGCGAGGGAGGAAAUUCACAGCGCUUCGGUGUCGACGUUGACUCCUGACACACAGGGGUCGACCCGGUUCCUGUCCCAGCAGCGGGAGCAGCGCGUGUCUGGCGGGGGAAGCUGUUGGGUCCCUGCUGAAGGUUCCACGCUGAAGUGGCCAGCUGACUGA